AGAACAUACAGUAGACGUCAAUGGACGACAUGAAGGUUUUACUUCAAGUUAUCUGUAUUGGAAUGAGCCUUGUUGAUACAGCAGAGAGCCUAGAAAAUCUCGCACAAGAUAUUUCAUAUAGAGGAAAAGCUUCUCAGAGUUCUGUAUACUUCGAUGGCUCAGCGAAUGCAGACAAGGCUGUAGAUGGACAUCUAGAGGAAUCGGGUAAAGAUUACUGUAGCUUUACACGGUCUAAGGAUUUUAAAGCAGCGUGGUGGAAGUUUACACUGAUUCAGACAACAAAUGUUGCAUAUCUACAGAUUUUCCUUAGGAAAGGAACUGUCAAUCGCCAUAUUGGAUUCAAUGUGUUUGUGUUCAAUGCUUCGUCCUAUACACCAGGAUCAGCGGGUGGAAUCAAAGUGUACACACAAAAGCCUUCCUCUUGUCUAAACCAAGUGAUGAAUGUAACAGUAAACAAGAUCACUAAAGGAAUAGCUAUAUAUAAUUCAAAGAGCCCACCACUCAUAACAAGUUGCAACGGAUAUGAACCUACAUUUGCCACCAUUGAAAUAUGCGAAGUAAUGGUUAUGGGCUGUCAUUUUCACCAGUACGGAGAAAGCUGCAAAAAUUGUUCACUCCGUUGUUUGAAUCGUUUGUGUGAUGCGUUUAAUGGUUCCUGUAUAUAUGGAUGUAGCAAAAGGUUUAUUGAACCACCUGACUGUAUGAUUUGUAAAGACGGAUAUUACGGGCACAACUGUGAAAAAACUUGUGGUAAAUGUAAAAUAGGAACAAUCUGCCAAAAAAUCACUGGAAUAUGUCCCCGAGGAUGCCAAAAUCACUGGAAUGGAUCAAAAUGUGAUGUGUGUGAAAAUGAUUUCUACGGCGACAGCUGCGAAGAAAAAUGUGGGCAUUGUAAACCUGAAACAAAUUGCAAUAGAUCAACAGCAAUUUGUCACCAGGGAUGUGAGGAUCAUUGGGACAGUGAUAAAUGCAACGGUUUGUAAUCUUUAACAUCACAAAA